ACCAGUUGCAACGAAAUAUUCGUAGUCAGUAGUUCCUAGUAAGGUCACACACCAAUAGAAUAAUUAUCUUGGCAAGGAAGAACCGUGCAGAAGCGCCAUCUGUGGUGACACACGCAGACAGCGGCUUCGUAGCUUCCUGUUCUCCGUCAUAAUGGUGCGUAUUGGUGUUCGAGUGCCUCUGGGCAUUUUAUGGUUGCUCACUCUCUCCACCGGGCUGACUGAAGCUACAGCUGGCCCUGUUCUUUCAUCACCAAAUGGAAUCAAUGGACUGGUUAUUAGUGAAGCUGAUGACACAAUGCAGGCAGUUCUGCGCGUGUGUAUCAACGCCACCAUCAAACCAGCACCUCAGCAAGCCAAUAUUGUAUGGAGUCGGGAACAGGGAAAUCUGCUUGAUAUACCAAAUUGGGAUCAUACAUCAUUGAGAGAGGUCGACGGCUGUUUCUGGUCCAGUCUGACCAUAAUGUUCCAACUUGUUGAACCGGCUAUUGGAAAUUACACCAUUACCGUUACUACAACUGCUGGUUCUUCAAAACUGACAAUUCCACUUCGUUUCACCAUUCCUUUGUGUGAAAUACCAACAAUCCACCAUGGUCACGCAUAUGUAGCAGGUGUUUAUGGAGACGUAAAUGAAAAGACUUCUUCAGACUAUGGGGUAGAAUGUCCUACUGGUUUUAAACUGUCCACUUUGUCCCAUAGUAAAUGUGAAAGAUCACCUGAUGGAAAAGCUGUUUACAAGAAUAUACCAGAGUGUCAGGCUGGUCCCAUUCUGACAUCUCCUAUUGGAAGCAGUGGACUGGUUGUGAGUGAGGAUGAUGGCACAAAGUCAGCAGUUCUGUCCUUGUGCAUCAACUCUACCAUCAAGCCAGCACCGUCAUCAGCCAACUCUGUAGUUUGGAGUACAGAGGCCAGUGGAGGGAUGUCUGUGUUCAGCCGUGUGCAGACCUCACUGAGUAGCAGCAGCAAUGGCUGCUACUGGUCCAAUCUGACAGUGAACAUCAGUAGUGUUUCUGGUGCAGCGGGUUAUUACACUGUCAAAGUUUCCACUGGUGCUGGAUCGGCUACAAAGAGAUUUCGACUAGAAAUCAGCGUUGCACUGUGUGCACUGCCAUCUAUCCACCAUGGUCACUCACAAGCGUCAGGUUUGAUUGGGUCCAGUACUAGCAGUGGACCUACUUCAUCAGACUAUGAAGUAGUGUGUGGAGAAGGCUUGUCCGUGUCCAGUUCACCGCACAGCAAGUGUGAAAGAUCAUCCGAUGGAAACUCUGUUUACAAGAAUGUACCAGAGUGCCUUGCUGGCCCUGUUCUUUCAUCACCUAUUGGAAUCAAUGGCCUGGUUGUGAGUGAGGAUGAUGACACAAAGUCAGCAGUUCUGUCCGUGUGUAUCAACUCCACAAUCAAACCAGCACCUCAGAAAGCCAAUAUUGUAUGGAGUCGAGAACAGGGAAGUCCGAUUGAUAUACCACAUCAAGAGCAGACAUCAUUGAGUGCGGUUAAUGGUUGUUUCUUGUCCAGUCUUACUUUCUGGUUCCAUCUAAUUGAUGAGGCUACUGGAAAUUACACCAUUACCGUUACUACAACUGCCGGUUCUUCAAAACUGACAAUUCCUCUUCGUUUCACCAUUCCACUUUGUGAAGUACCAACAAUCCACCAUGGUCACGCAUAUGCAACAGGUGUUUUUGGAGACGUAACUGAAAAGACUUCUUCAGGCUAUGGGGUAGAAUGUCCUACUGGUUUUAAACUGUCCACUUUGUCCCAUAGUAAAUGUGAAAGAUCACCUGAUGGAAAAGCUAUUUACAAGAAUAUACCCGAGUGUCAUGCUGGUCCCGUUCUGUCAUCUCCUAUUGGAAGCAGUGGACUGGUUGUGAGUGAGGAUGAUGGCACAAAGUCAGCAGUUCUGUCCGUGUGCAUCAACUCUACCAUCAAGCCAGCACCGUCAUCAGCCAAUGCGGUAGUUUGGAGUACUAAGGCCAGUGGAGGUAUAGGCAGUGGGAAGGUGAUCACCUCACUGAAUGAUAGCAAUGGGUGUUUCUGGUCUAAUCUGACAGUGGAUAUCAGUGUAGUUUCUGAAGCAGUGGGUGAUUACACUAUCGUUGUCACAACAUCUGUUGGAAGUUCUACAAAGAUAAUUCCCCUACAGAUCACGGUUCCAUUGUGUGAACUACCAACCAUCCACCAUGGUCAAUCACGUGCAACAGGUUUGAUUGGACAGAGCUCUAGAGAUGGUCAGACACAGACCACCACCUCAUCAGACUAUGAAGUAGUGUGUGCUGAUGGUUUGAUCGUGUCUACUUCACAGCAUAGUAAAUGCGAAAAGGUGUCUGCUGGAAAAACCAGUUUUAGAAAUAUUCCAGAUUGUCAUGCUGGUCCUGUUCUGUCAUCUCCUAUUGGAAGCAGUGGACUGGUUGUGAGUGAGGAUGAUGGCACAAAGUCAGCAGUUCUGUCCGUGUGCAUCAACUCUACCAUCAAGCCAGCACCGUCGUCAGCCAAUGCGGUAGUUUGGAGUACUAAGGCCAGUGAAGGUAUAGGCAGUGUGAAGGUGAUCACCUCACUGAAUGAUAACAAUGGCUGUUUUUGGUCUAAUCUGACAGUGGAUAUCAGUGUAGUUUCUGAAGCAGUGGGUGAUUACACUAUCGUUGUCACAACAUCUGUUGGAAGUUCUACAAAGAUAAUUCCCCUACAAAUCACCGUUCCAUUGUGUGAACUACCAACCAUCCACCAUGGUCAAUCACGUGCAACAGGUUUGAUUGGACAGAGCUCUGGAGAUAGUCAGACACAGACCACCACCUCAUCAGACUAUGAAGUAGUGUGUGCUGAUGGUUUGACCGUGUCUACUUCAAAACAUAGUAAAUGCGAAAAGGUGUCUGCUGGAAAAACCAGUUUUAGAAAUAUUCCAGAUUGUCAUGCUGGUCCUGUUUUGUCAUCUCCUAUUGGAAGCAGUGGACUGGUUGUGAGUGAAGAUGAUGGCACAAAGUCAGCAGUUCUGUCCGUGUGCAUCAACUCUACCAUCAAGCCAGCACCGUCGUCCACCAAUGCGGUAGUUUGGAGGACAGAGGCCAGUGGAGGUAUAGGCAGUGGGAAGGUGAUCACCUCACUGAAUGAUAGCAAUGGGUGUUUCUGGUCUAAUCUGACAGUGGAUAUCAGUGUAGUUUCUGAAGCAGUGGGUGAUUACACUAUCGUUGUCACAACAUCUGUUGGAAGUUCUACAAAGAUAAUUCCCCUACAAAUCACCGUUCCAUUGUGUGAACUACCAACCAUCCACCAUGGUCAAUCACGUGCAACAGGUUUGAUUGGACAGAGCUCUAGAGAUGGUCAGACACAGACCACCACCUCAUCAGACUAUGAAGUAGUGUGUGCUGAUGGUUUGACCGUGUCUACUUCAAAACAUAGUAAAUGCGAAAAGGUGUCUGCUGGAAUAAACAGUUUUAGAAAUAUUCCAGAUUGUCAUGCUGGUCCUGUUUUGUCAUCUCCUAUUGGAAGCAGUGGACUGGUUGUGAGUGAGGAUGAUGGCACAAAGUCAGCAGUUCUGUCCGUGUGCAUCAACUCUACCAUCAAGCCAGCACCGUCGUCCGCCAAUGCGGUAGUUUGGAGGACAGAGGCCAGUGGAGGUAUAGGCAGUGGGAAGGUGAUCACCUCACUGAAUGAUAGCAAUGGGUGUUUCUGGUCUAAUCUGACAGUGGAUAUCAGUGUAGUUUCUGAAGCAGUGGGUGAUUACACUAUCGUUGUCACAACAUCUGUUGGAAGUUCUACAAAGAUAAUUCCCCUACAAAUCACCGUUCCAUUGUGUGAACUACCAACCAUCCACCAUGGUCAAUCACGUGCAACAGGUUUGAUUGGACAGAGCUCUAGAGAUGGUCAGACACAGACCACCACCUCAUCAGACUAUGAAGUAGUGUGUGCUGAUGGUUUGACCGUGUCUACUUCAAAACAUAGUAAAUGCGAAAAGGUGUCUGCUGGAAUAAACAGUUUUAGAAAUAUUCCAGAUUGUCAUGCUGGUCCUGUUUCGUCAUCUCCUAUUGGAAGCAGUGGACUGGUUGUGAGUGAGGAUGAUGGCACAAAGUCAGCAGUUCUGUCCGUGUGCAUCAACUCUACCAUCAAGCCAGCACCGUCGUCCGCCAAUGCGGUAGUUUGGAGGACAGAGGCCAGUGGAGGUAUAGGCAGUGGGAAGGUGAUCACCUCACUGAAUGAUAGCAAUGGGUGUUUCUGGUCUAAUCUGACAGUGGAUAUCAGUGUAGUUUCUGAAGCAGUGGGUGAUUACACUAUCGUUGUCACAACAUCUGUUGGAAGUUCUACAAAGAUAAUUCCCCUACAAAUCACCGUUCCAUUGUGUGAACUACCAACCAUCCACCAUGGUCAAUCACGUGCAACAGGUUUGAUUGGACAGAGCUCUAGAGAUGGUCAGACACAGACCACCACCUCAUCAGACUAUGAAGUAGUGUGUGCUGAUGGUUUGACCGUGUCUACUUCAAAACAUAGUAAAUGCGAAAAGGUGUCUGCUGGAAUAAACAGUUUUAGAAAUAUUCCAGAUUGUCAUGCUGGUCCUGUUUUGUCAUCUCCUAUUGGAAGCAGUGGACUGGUUGUGAGUGAGGAUGAUGGAACAAAGUCAGCAGUUCUGUCCGUGUGCAUCAACUCUACCAUCAAGCCAGCACCGUCGUCCGCCAAUGCGGUAGUUUGGAGGACAGAGGCCAGUGGAGGUAUAGGCAGUGGGAAGGUGAUCACCUCACUGAAUGAUAGCAAUGGGUGUUUCUGGUCUAAUCUGACAGUGGAUAUCAGUGUAGUUUCUGAAGCAGUGGGUGAUUACACUAUCGUUGUCACAACAUCUGUUGGAAGUUCUACAAAGAUAAUUCCCCUACAAAUCACCGUUCCAUUGUGUGAACUACCAACCAUCCACCAUGGUCAAUCACGUGCAACAGGUUUGAUUGGACAGAGCUCUAGAGAUGGUCAGACACAGACCACCACCUCAUCAGACUAUGAAGUAGUGUGUGCUGAUGGUUUGACCGUGUCUACUUCAAAACAUAGUAAAUGCGAAAAGGUGUCUGCUGGAAUAAACAGUUUUAGAAAUAUUCCAGAUUGUCAUGCUGGUCCUGUUUUGUCAUCUCCUAUUGGAAGCAGUGGACUGGUUGUGAGUGAGGAUGAUGGCACAAAGUCAGCAGUUCUGUCCGUGUGCAUCAACUCUACCAUCAAGCCAGCACCGUCGUCAGCCACUGCGGUAGUUUGGAGGACAGAGGCCAGUGGAGGUAUAGGCAGUGGGAAGGUGAUCACCUCACUGAAUGAUAGCAAUGGGUGUUUCUGGUCUAAUCUGACAGUGGAUAUCAGUGUAGUUUCUGAAGCAGUGGGUGAUUACACUAUCGUUGUCACAACAUCUGUUGGAAGUUCUACAAAGAUAAUUCCCCUACAAAUCACCGUUCCAUUGUGUGAACUACCAACCAUCCACCAUGGUCAAUCACGUGCAACAGGUUUGAUUGGACAGAGCUCUAGAGAUGGUCAGACACAGACCACCACCUCAUCAGACUAUGAAGUAGUGUGUGCUGAUGGUUUGACCGUGUCUACUUCAAAACAUAGUAAAUGCGAAAAGGUGUCUGCUGGAAUAAACAGUUUUAGAAAUAUUCCAGAUUGUCAUGCUGGUCCUGUUUUGUCAUCUCCUAUUGGAAGCAGUGGACUGGUUGUGAGUGAGGAUGAUGGCACAAAGUCAGCAGUUCUGUCCGUGUGCAUCAACUCUACCAUCAAGCCAGCACCGUCGUCAGCCAAUGCGGUAGUUUGGAGGACAGAGGCCAGUGGAGGUAUAGGCAGUGGGAAGGUGAUCACCUCACUGAAUGAUAGCAAUGGGUGUUUCUGGUCUAAUCUGACAGUGGAUAUCAGUGUAGUUUCUGAAGCAGUGGGUGAUUACACUAUCGUUGUCACAACAUCUGUUGGAAGUUCUACAAAGAUAAUUCCCCUACAAAUCACCGUUCCAUUGUGUGAACUACCAACCAUCCACCAUGGUCAAUCACGUGCAACAGGUUUGAUUGGACAGAGCUCUAGAGAUGGUCAGACACAGACCACCACCUCAUCAGACUAUGAAGUAGUGUGUGCUGAUGGUUUGACUGUGUCUACUUCAAAACAUAGUAAAUGCGAAAAGGUGUCUGCUGGAAUAAACAGUUUUAGAAAUAUUCCAGAUUGUCAUGCUGGUCCUGUUUUGUCAUCUCCUAUUGGAAGCAGUGGACUGGUUGUGAGUGAGGAUGAUGGCACAAAGUCAGCAGUUCUGUCCGUGUGCAUCAACUCUACCAUCAAGCCAGCACCGUCGUCCGCCAAUGCGGUAGUUUGGAGGACAGAGGCCAGUGGAGGUAUAGGCAGUGGGAAGGUGAUCACCUCACUGAAUGAUAGCAAUGGGUGUUUCUGGUCUAAUCUGACAGUGGAUAUCAGUGUAGUUUCUGAAGCAGUGGGUGAUUACACUAUCGUUGUCACAACAUCUGUUGGAAGUUCUACAAAGAUAAUUCCCCUACAAAUCACCGUUCCAUUGUGUGAACUACCAACCAUCCACCAUGGUCAAUCACGUGCAACAGGUUUGAUUGGACAGAGCUCUAGAGAUGGUCAGACACAGACCACCACCUCAUCAGACUAUGAAGUAGUGUGUGCUGAUGGUUUGACCGUGUCUACUUCAAAACAUAGUAAAUGCGAAAAGGUGUCUGCUGGAAUAAACAGUUUUAGAAAUAUUCCAGAUUGUCAUGCUGGUCCUGUUUUGUCAUCUCCUAUUGGAAGCAGUGGACUGGUUGUGAGUGAGGAUGAUGGCACAAAGUCAGCAGUUCUGUCCGUGUGCAUCAACUCUACCAUCAAGCCAGCACCGUCGUCCGCCAAUGCGGUAGUUUGGAGGACAGAGGCCAGUGGAGGUAUAGGCAGUGGGAAGGUGAUCACCUCACUGAAUGAUAGCAAUGGGUGUUUCUGGUCUAAUCUGACAGUGGAUAUCAGUGUAGUUUCUGAAGCAGUGGGUGAUUACACUAUCGUUGUCACAACAUCUGUUGGAAGUUCUACAAAGAUAAUUCCCCUACAAAUCACCGUUCCAUUGUGUGAACUACCAACCAUCCACCAUGGUCAAUCACGUGCAACAGGUUUGAUUGGACAGAGCUCUAGAGAUGGUCAGACACAGACCACCACCUCAUCAGACUAUGAAGUAGUGUGUGCUGAUGGUUUGACCGUGUCUACUUCACAACAUAGUAAAUGCGAAAAGGUGUCUGCUGGAAAAAACAGUUUUAGAAAUAUUCCAGAUUGUCAUGCUGGCCCUGUUCUCUCAUCACCUAUUGGAAUCCAUGGACUGGUGAUAAGUGAGGAUGAUGGUAGCAUGGAUGCAGUUCUGCCUGUGUGCAUCAACUCCACUGUCAAACCAGCACCGCAACAAGACAAUAUUGUAUGGAGUCAGGAACAGGGAAGUUCCAUUGAUAUACCACAUACUAAACAGACAUCAUUGAUUGAUGAUAACGGCUGUUUUUGGUCCAAUCUGACUGUGCAUUUCUAUGUUAUUGAACCAUCUGUUGGAAAUUACACCAUCACCGUUACUACAACUGCCGGUUCUUCGAAACUGACAAUUCCUCUUCGUUUCACCAUUGCAUUGUGUGAACCACCAACAAUCCACCAUGGUCAAGCACAUACAAUAGGUGUGCUUGGGGAUUUAAGUGCCACCACUUCAUCAGACUAUGGAGUCUUUUGUGACGAAGGGCUCACAGUAUCCAGUGUAUUGCACAGCAAGUGUGAAAGAUCACCCGAUGGAAAAGCUGUUUACAAGAAUGUACCAGACUGUCAUGCUGGUCCUGUUCUGUCAUCUCCUAUUGGAAGCAGUGGACUGGUUGUGAGUGAGGAUGAUGGCACACAGUCAGCAGUUCUGUCCGUGUGCAUCAACUCUACCAUCAAACCAGCACCAACAACUAACUCUAUUGUGUGGACCACUGCGUCAUCUGAUGCUUUCUUUGCUGUGCACACAUCACUGCAUGAUAGCAAUGGCUGUUUCUGGUCCAAUCUGACAGUGCAUAUCAGUGUAGUUUCUGAAGCAGUGGGUGAUUACACUAUCGUUGUCACAACAUCUGUUGGAAGUUCUACAAAGAUAAUUCCCCUACAAAUCACCGUUCCACUGUGUGCACUACCAUCUAUUCACCACGGUCACUCACAAGUGUCAGGUUUGAUUGGGCCCAGUACUAGCAGUGGACCUACUUCAUCAGACUACAAAGUAGUGUGUGGAGAAGGCUUGUCCGUGUCCAGUUCACCGCACAGCAAGUGUGAAAGAUCAUCCGAUGGAAACUCUGUUUUCAAGAAUGUACCAGAGUGCCAUGCUGGUCCUGUUCUGUCAUCUCCUAUUGGAAUCAGUGGGCUGGUUGUGAGUGAGGAUGAUGGCACAAAGUCAGCAGUUCUGUCCGUGUGCAUCAACUCUACCAUCAAGCCAGCACCGUCGUCAGCCAAUGCGGUAGUUUGGAGUACUAAGGCCAGUGGAGGUAUAGGCAGUGGGAAGGUGAUCACCUCACUGAAUGAUAGCAAUGGGUGUUUCUGGUCUAAUCUGACAAUGGAUAUCAGUGUAGUUUCUGAAGCAGUGGGUGACUACACGGUCAAUGUCACAACAUCUGUUGGUUCUACACAGAAGACAGUUUCUCUACUGAUUAACGUUCCAUUGUGUCAACUACCAACAGUCCACCAUGGUCGUGCACAAGCGUCAGGUUUGAUUGGGCCCAGUACUAGCAGUGGACCUACUUCAUCCGACUACAAAGUAGUGUGUGGAGAAGGCUUGUCCGUGUCCAGUUCACCGCACAGCAAGUGUGAAAGAUCAUCCGAUGGAAACUCUGUUUUCAAGAAUGUACCAGAAUGCCAUGCCGGCCCUGUUCUGACAUCUCCUAUUGGAAGCAGUGGACUGGUUGUGAGUGAGGAUGAUGGCACAAAGUCAGCAGUUCUGUCCGUGUGCAUCAACUCUACCAUCAAGCCAGCACCGUCAUCAGCCAAUGCGGUAGUUUGGAGUACUAAGUCCAGUGGAGGUAUAGGCAAUGGAAAGGUGAUCACCUCAUUGCAUAAUAGUAACGGGUGUUUCUGGUCUAAUCUGACAGUGGAUAUCAGUGUAGUUUCUGAAGCAGUGGGUGACUACACGGUCAAUGUCACAACAUCUGUUGGUUCUACACAGAAGACAGUUUCUCUACAGAUUAACGUUCCAUUAUGUGAGUUACCACCAAUCCACUACGGCCAUGCACAACCUUCUGGUCUGAUGAACAACCGCUUAAGUGAUGGUCAGAGGCAGACGACCACCUCAUCAGCCUAUGAGGUAGUAUGUGAGCAUGGGUUUCGGGUAGCCAGUUUACAACACAGUAAAUGCGAAUUAACAUCUGGAGGAAAGGCAGUUUUCGCAAAUGUACCCGAUUGUCAUGCUGCACCUGUGUUAUCGUCUCCUCUUGAAGGCAAUGGUUCAAUAGUGAGUGAGGACGAUGGCUCCGGUGUAGCAGUUCUCUCAGUGUGCAUCAACUCUACCAUCAGGCCCCCACCGUCAUCAUCUCACGCAGUAUCAUGGGACACUGAUGCCAGCGGCUGGACAUCCGUAUUCCGCGAUGUGCACACCUCGCUGAAUGACAGUAACGGCUGUUUCUGGUCCAACCUUACCGUGAACAUUGGGGUGGUGGCUGAAGCCGUUGGUCAUUACACUGUCAAGGUGGUAACAACUGCCGGCUAUUCGAAAUUAUCGAUUCCACUGCACAUCACAGUUCCACUGUGUGAGCUACCAGCAAUCCACCAUGGUCAUGCACGACCCACCGGUGUGCUCAGUAACACUCGUUCAGUUGGUCACACCACACAGACCACACAGACACAGACCACCACCUCAUCAGACUAUGAAGUAGUGUGUGCUGAGGGGUUGAGCGUGUCUUCUUCACAGCACGCUAAAUGUCGAGUGGCACCUGAUGGAAAAGCAAUGUACCGGGAUGUGCCAGACUGCCUUGCUUUGCCUGUUCUUUCAUCUCCUGCGGGGAAGAAUGGUCUGGUUCUUAGUGAGGCGCAAGCUGGCAAUUUGGUAACUCUGUCCGUGUGCAUCAACUCCACUAUUAAGCCGGCCCCGUUGUCAUCAAGCGCUAUUAACUGGAGCACCGAGGCCAGUGGAGGGGAAUCUGUGUUUAGAUAUGUGAAAACUUCACUAGUUGAUAGCCACGGUUGCUUCUGGUCCAAUCUCACCGUGAAUGCCGCCAUAGUUUCUCCAGUGGAGGGAGACUACACCAUCAACGUGACUACAUCGGCUGGGUCUUCAAGUCAAACUAUCUCCCUGACGGUUGCUGUUCCAACAUGUGACGUUCCCGUGAUUGCACACGGCACUGCACUGGGAUCGGGUGUGUUCAGAGAUACACUGCGACAGCGGUCAUCACACUACAACAUCACCUGCGAUCCUGGAUUCGGGCUGACCAACUACAGUUCAAUGAAGUGUUUAGUGCAUGUGGCAGGGAAGUCUCUCUUCGACCAUACCCCAACAUGUGUUGAGGACGCAUUAGCCGUGACAUCAUCAACGGCAGUGGUGGCAAUUCUAGCUGCUGUCCUCAGUGUGAUAGCCCUGCUCACAUUUGCAGGUCUCCUCUUCAAAAAGAAAAGAGGCAGUCAGAAGAUCAUGAGCGGUGGCAACACAGUGUCGUCGGGCUUGCGUGCAUCUGCCUCAAUCUACAGUACUGCAUCGAAAUAUCUCGGUGGUACACCCUAUGAAACGCGCAUGGCAAUGAAGCCAAGAGCGAAGCAUGAUUCAACCGGAAGUUCUGCAUUCCUAGUCCAAGAUACGACCGUCUACUCCAUGCCAGAGUCUUUCAAAUCUGUCGACUUUCUAUCUCCUUCGGCUAGAUCUCACCUCUCCACAGGAGAGCUAUUCCAGGACUACUCUGACAGUGAGGCGUGUUACUCGGACGAUGAUACUGCGCUUAAUGGUGGUCCGGGCGAUGCCACUGUCGCUGCCGCUGCUGCGGCGGCCACUGCGGCGGCUGCUGCUGCAGAUGCAGCAGUGGCGGCUGCAUCUGGUUCUGGUACAGUGGGUAAUGCAGCAGCAGGUAAGCGUGCUGGUAGCGGCAGCGGCGGCGGUGGCCGUGAUCGUACCAUCUACCAGUGCCUGUACGGUAGUAGCAUGCCUGGACCACCUGUACUCGGCGGCUACAUCAACUCUAGCAGAGAUAGACAGGGCACAAGUGGCGCGGGCAAUGCCAUUGACACCUACGUGGACACUAAUGAGCUGGCAAGAGAGGAAGGUCUCUACCAUGGCAUAGAACUGGGCAAAGAAGGACGGGAAGAAGUCUGCCUCUACAAUACAAUGGUGCACGGAGAAAUGGAACCUGAGCCCACGUACCACGUGCUCGAGUCUGGUGAGCGGAAGAAAAGCCGACCCACUGGACCAUACUUAAACAUGGUGCCAUUGAGGGCCCAGUCGUCGUUGUCGUCGUUGUCGUCGGCCUGCAGGGAUGACAGAAUGAGUAUUUCCUCGUCUGGAAACAUGUGCUCACAACCGCAGGGUGGUGAGGAAGCCAUCAAGCCUGAGUCUGAUGACUGGAUCAAUAGUAAUUUUCAGCAGGCAGGUUUGAAGGGUGAGGAUGUUUAUAGCGACGCUUACAUGCAGAGAGCGUCAGUCUGCACCAAUGUGCAAGAUUUCCUAUAUGAUACUGAAGAUGACUUGUCAGGUGAUGAACACCCAGGAGAGGGGACCUAUCAGGAUCAAUAUUCGGCGGCUGCAAGUCUCAGGAGUCAGGAUGCGUAUUCGACCUCUGCAAGCCUCAGGAAUCUGGAAGCGUACUCAACCACAGCAAGCCUCCGAAGCCAGGAUCAGUAUUCAGUCACCGAAAGCCUGGGCAAACAGGAGCGAUACACAGACCCCGCUAAUCUGAAAAGCCAGCACCAAUACGUCGCCAGCCGAAGUCUGAAACAAGAUGCUGCCAGUCGGCGAGGUAGCAGAUUCGGAAAACUGUCCUCGAAGCGAAAGCCUGCUCCAGCAAAUGGCGAGGACACAGCAGUGGCUGACGUCGUGCAGGAGUCAACCUCCUGGUCCGAUUUUGAUCGAGCAUGGCCAGCAAACACACCUAAUGUGCAGGCCUCACGAGUAUGUCCCGAGCUGCGUUUAGCCGGAAAAGCAGAAAACGCUGAGAAAGGCGAAAUAGUGGAACAGUUUGCCGAGGGUAUAUAUAGUGACAUAUCAACAUUCCAGGCAAGCCAGGAUGUGGCUUCCACGGCUCCAGGUAAGGGUGAUCAGGCAGCGCGACCACAGCAAGCUGACAGUGGCCUGCAUGCCACGUCAUCGGCACGCAAACCACUCCGGCCGUCAUCGUCCACUGGCAAUCGAUACGCAUCGCGACUGCCAGAACUGUCGACGAACAAACGUGGCGGGAGCCUGUACGUAAAACCAGCGCUGGACAAACCCACGCUUCCACCGUCACCGCCUGAUAACAGACGGGGCCGUAGUCUGUAUGCUAAAUCUAAAACUGGACAGGAUUCUAAAUAGGCUGGGGAUGAUGUUCUUUGUGUACAUCACUCACUGCCUAUCCAGUCCAGACAACACCACUGCUUGGGAUAGUCGUGCAUUUACUGGACAUCUGCGGGUCUGGCAUGGCACUGGCAUGGCAUGCCCCACUGCCACUCCACUCUACAACUAUAACACUCCCCCCCCCCCCCCC